AUGCCUGAAUUCGCAUAUACGGCACGCACUUCCAGCGGCGAUGAAGUCGUCGGCACGCUGACCGCCUCCACAUCGAACGAAGCGAUUGGGAUGCUCAGCGAGCGCGACCUGUUUCCCUUGAAGGUCGAGGGUGGCGCUAAAGCUGCAAGCCGUUUCAGCCAGCAGAAGCGAGUGAAAGCCCAAGCGCUGGCCGCCACGCUUGCGCAGUUGGGCGACUUGCUGGAAAGCGGAGUUCCGCUACUGCGGGCGUUGGAAUUGCUCUCGCGACAGUCUGCCUAUCCGCAACUGGCAGAAGUGAUGCGCGACGUGCACGAUCAGGUGGCCGAAGGGGCGACCCUCGACGAGGCGUUCUCAAAACACCCUCGCGUGUUCAACGAGUUGACCAUCAGCAUGGUGCGGGCCGGUGGCGAGGGUGGCUUCCUGGAAGAUGUGCUGCAACGCACGGCGGCCUUCAUCGAACAUCAGGAAGAUAUCAAAGGUCGCGUGAUUGGGGCCGCGACGUAUCCUGCGCUGUUGGCCAUAGCAGGCACGAUUGCCGUCACGGUGCUGAUUGUGUUCUUCGUUCCCAAAUUCGCCGAGAUGUUCUCCCGCCUGGAAGAGAAGGGCGAGCUGCCGGCACUCACCAUCGGCUUGCUGGCUCUGAGCGACUUUCUGGGAAGUUACGGGAUCUUCGUGCUGAUUGCCCUGGUCGGCGGGUUCUUCUGGCUGGUGCAAUACGCGAAGACCGAACGUGGGCGAUGGGCAAUCGAUCGCGCACGUUUGAAAGUUCCGCUGGCCGGAAAGGUCUACCUGAACCUGGCCAUUUCGCGGUUUUGCCGUGUAUUAGGAACGCUGCUGAAAAAUGGCGUGCCCAUUCUGCGGUCGCUUGAGAUCAGCAGCGACUCGACCGGAAACAAAGUGCUGGCCGACACCAUCCGUCAGGCCAGUGAGAACAUCUCCAGCGGACAAACGCUUUCCGCGCCGCUGAGAGCCUGUGGGCUGUUUCCGCAGACCGUUGUUGAAAUGAUCAGCGUGGCCGAGGAAUCGAACACGCUGGAAAAGGUGCUCAUCAAUGUGGCCGACGGAAUGGAUCGCCGCACCGAGCGUCAGCUCGAUCUGGCCGUUCGUCUGUUGGAACCCAUGAUGCUGUUGGUGAUGGCGGUGGUGAUCAUGAUGGUCGUCAUCGCGCUGUUGCUGCCGGAGACCCAAGCAAUGAGACGCAAGUAUUCGAAGAAGCAGGCCCGAAGUGGCUUCACGCUGAUGGAACUGAUGUUGGUGAUGGCCAUUUUGGUCAUCCUGAUUGGCCUGGUGGCCCCGCGGUUCAUGGGUGCCCAAGAGGGUGCGAACAUCAGCUCGGCCCAAACGCAAAUCGGCUUGUUCAAGAGUUCGCUCGAUAUGUAUCGCUUGCACCUGAACAGCUACCCCACGACCGAGCAGGGUUUGGCCGCGAUGAUCGAAGAGCCGGCCGAUCUGACGACGCCCGACCGUUGGCAGGGUCCUUACUUGGAUAGCGAGAUUCCGAUCGACCCCUGGGGGAACGAGUACCAGUACGAAUACCCACCCACGCGAAACACCAAGGACUUCCCCGACAUUUGGUCGCUUGGUCCCGAUGGUGAAGAUGGCACCGACGACGACAUCGGCAACUGGCCCGAUGAAGAUCGUGAAAACGAGCUUGCCGAUCUGUAA